CGUAAACAAGCGGAAUCAAAAUUCUAUGUCCUCUUUCUUUUUCCCCGAAUUUCGACAUCUGUUUAGCUAGAGCCCUGCGUCCCACCUCAAACCAAAAAUGCCCUCCAGAGCCUCCCUCAAGCUCGCCGCCAGGGCCAUCUCCCAACAAAGGCGCUCUUUUGCCGCCACUUCCCUCGCCAGAAACGCCGCAUUCGAGCCUGCCCUCGCCCCAGGCGUCUCUCCAGCGUACGAUGCUGCCCUCGCCUUCAUCUCCGCCCACCAAUCCAAGACUCUUGCCAAGCUCGAGUCUUUCAAAUCUCAACUUCCCUCCUCUCCCUCCCUUGAACAGCUUAAACAACUAGACAAGCUCGAGAUUGAAGCCUACGCGAACGACCCCGCCGUCAGACGGACGUUCAAGGAGACCAAUGGGGAAGGCGCGAUGGACAAAAAAAUAAUGCGAUGGAUGGGGGAGAAGAAGUGGACGAAGGACGGAGGACUGGAUUUGUUGAUGCAGAGGGCGCUGCAGAUGAACGUCGUGCCAGACCUGUUAGCCGAAAUCCCUCCCACAGCACCCCUCACUGUCUCCCUCUCUGCCCCCAUCAUCCCUGGUACUUUCCAGCUCCCAUCAUCAUUCGCCCAACCCCCCAAAAUCACCCACCAGCUCUUCCACCACCCCACGCUCCCCACAGCAUCGUCUCCCAACCCCACUGCCCUCCACACUCUCCUGGUCAUCGACCCAGAUGCACCCAACCACGAGGCCCACUCUUUCAACGAGCGUCUCCUUUACAUGAAGACCGACGUCCCUCUGUCAGUAGUCGACGGUCAAGUCAACCUCACAGACAAGGCUGUCGGCAAGGAGAUUCUCGCUUGGGAGCCUCCUGCACCUGAGCAGGGAACUCCCUACCACCGAUACGUCGUCCUUGUCUUUAGGCAGACCUCCCCUUCCUCCGUCUCCACCGUCUCCCGAGAGCCUUUCAGCCUUCGAUCAUUCCUCUCUGAGCAAGAUCUCACGGCUCAAGCUCUCACUGGUAUCACCCUUUUCCGAGCAGAGUGGCAGAAGGAGGAGGACGAGUUUAUCAACUCGGUGUUCAGGGAGCAGAGGGGCGUGGCUGAGGGUGCGCCUGUCUAUAGCAAGGUGCCCAAGGAGGUCAGGUAUGGUUACCCUAUGAAGGCGAAGCAGAGGCAGAAGGAGGAGAUUAGGGAGCAGAUCUUUGAGGAGGUUAUGAAGGAUUUGGAGAGUGCUGGGGACAAGACUGUCGCGUGAAGAGACCGGGCAGAUAUGAUCAUUAGUUGAUUAUCGAAUGCACCAUUUCGCAUAGCAGAGGACCUCGGAUACAUGCUCAAUGGGGAAGCUCAUCAACACAGAUCACAGGUACAACUCGCGAUAGAUGCUGGCAUGCUAUCGCGAUUUGCGCGCGGUGGCCUCCUGUAUAUGGUUUCCAGGCCUGCCGUGUUCCUGUG